GGGCAUUUUUAUUUUUGAAGCAACUACAGAACCAACUGAACGACCAUAGUAUGCCUUUUAGCAGCGAUGAUGAUGAGGUCCCAGAUCUACCACAGAUCCAUGAACUUCAUCAUAUUUCCAACAGUCGUAUGGAGGAGCAAGUUAAACGAUUGGAGCGUCUUGAGAAUGAGUUCAAGGCUCUUAAAAAGGAGAUGCAGACUACCGUGUCUACCACAUGCACCCAAACAUCAAGUAAUCCAAAAAGUAUGUUGUAUAAUACCCUACCAGCAGAGUCAUCCAACAUAAAUGGCACUUUAGAGGACAAUAAAGCGAUUGAAAUCUCUGAGGAGGUUGACAAAGAAUUGCGUCUUCAAGAGGUCCAAUAUGAACUAAGGACGCUCGUUCCUUAUUUAUCACCAGAAUUCAGCCCUAGCUUCCAGGAUACAGUUCUUCUCAUCACUGCAGUGCGGAACGGCCACGGUGAGAAGGGCCAAGAUUCGCUGAUGGAUAAAAUCACCCUUCUGGAGGCAGAAAAACGUUCCUUAAGCCAGAGACUUGCCAAGAAAACCAAUGAAUGUGAGGAUCUUAGGUCGCAGCUAGUUGGUGUACAGCAGAGAAUACAGGCUAUCAAGCAGGAGGAGCAGCAUAAAAACGGCAUUUUAUCCAAAAGAAGGGAGGAAAUGAGGAAGCAACUUCUAAUUGAGGAAGGUAAAGUUCAGAAGCUCAAUGUGAGGUACAAAAAGUUAGAAGUUGAGAAUGAAGAACUUAGGUCGCGCGUAAGAGCGAGUCUUCGCUAGGCGGAACCUGAUCUGUUUGUGUGUUCUCAAUUUUAUGAACUCAUUCCUUGAGUUAUAUUAUUUUCAUUGUUCAUUCUUUCCUUUCCAUUUGUGCAAUACAUUACAAUUCACUUACGUUAGUUGCGCAAUACCAACACGUGCAUCGACGUCGUGGAUAAAGU